AUGGCUGAGCUUUCUUCUAGUGAUCAUCCUGAUGUUUCAGAUGAUAAAUACUACCUUGACUCCAUUAAUUCACAGGAGUUCAAGCUUUCCAAUGUAAGGAGGCAAAAUGGUGUUGUAUUGUUAGAGCUGUUGGGGUGGUUGAAGAAGGUUUGUUUACCUAAGGGAGAGUUGAGGAGGGGAGCUUGGACUGAACAAGAAGACAAGCUUUUGUCAGAUUUUAUUGAAUCUCAUAGUAUUGGAAGAUGGAGAAGCUUGCCAGCCAAAGCAGGGUUGAAUAGGUGUGGCAAGAGUUGUAGACUGAGGUGGCUGAACUAUCUACGACCAGGAAUCAAGAGAGGGAACAUUACCUAUGAAGAGGAAGAUCUCAUUAUCAGGCUCCAUAAACUUCUUGGCAAUAGAUGGUCUUUAAUAGCAGGAAGGAUUCCAGGAAGAACCGAUAAUGAAAUCAAGAACUAUUGGAACACAUAUCUCAAAAAAAAGGUUGCCAUUGAUGCCUCUGAGAGCCAAUCUUCUUCCAAAACUAUCACCACCACCACAACCAUUACUUCUACUACAAUGCAUCUCUCAAUCAAAAAGUCAGGCAAUCAGAAUGCAAACAAGAGAAUGAAUGAAGGAUCGGAAACUAGCAUGGUUAAAUCCAAGAUAAUUAAGUGUUCAAAUGACUUACCCACAUAUGAAACUGAAGAUUUGAAUAAGAAUAAUUCAUUUAGUCAUGAAGAACAUCUAACCAUGAAGCUUCAAGGUCAUGAACAAGUUUGUCUUCCAGCUUCUGCUUCAUCUGACUUUGGUUUUGGUCUGGAGUUAAGCUUUGGUGAGUUAAGUAACAGUUCAGUUUUUUCUGAUUAUGAAUGGAAAGAUGUCAAGAGUAUUGCUAGUCCUUCAGUAAUAGGGGAUGUUUUCAACAGCAAAAGGAUGGAAAGAAAUGAGAAGAUGCACCCUUUUAUUGCAGAAGUUGAGUGGGAGUCUUUAAUCAAGUCAUGUGAAGCAAUAUAAGGUUUAGACAUCGUGUCCAGCUCUACUUGUAAUAAUUUGAAGUUUCAUGAAAGAAUAAUACAAUAUUGGUAAAUUUCCAUAAUGAUUUGCACAUUAAUGGUAUACAUCAUCCAUGCUUCAUUCAUGAGAAUUACCAAGGUUCUCUUUCUAUCCCUCUCUUUAUUUCACGAGUGAUAAGGUUCCCAAAGAAAUUCUCUAUCCUAUGAAAAUCAUGAACAUUCAAGCCACCCUCUAAAAAUAAAA